GUGGGGAACAGGGAAGCCAAACAGCUGCACUGUGAGAGCGUGUCUGCUCGUGUCUGUGUGACAAAGAGCCGCUCGGUGCGACAAUGCACUUUUCCACUGACACGGGAGUCGCCGGGGAGGCGGGGGGACGUGUGUGUAAUGCGGGAUAGAGACAGAUGAAAUCGCGGGUUUAAAAAAAAAAAAGCACCUUUAAGAUCGCAUGAACCAAACCCCAGAUAAGCAAUUUAAAAAAGGCAAAUAAUUCACCUCCGCAUGUCUUGAUCAAUGCGAGUCGGAAGCGGGUAUUGUUUGUGUCACAAGAGCGAAAGCACAACUUCCUCACUGUCCCGGUAAUGUCAGACAGGAGCAGACUGCUGACUAACUACCUACCUGCAAGAUUACAAUAGGGACGAGUCACAAACACGAAGACACACACGCCGCUGAACUCGCACUGAGAGAGACCGGAGUUCAACAAAACGCAGGAAGCGCAAGAGACAGCGAGGCGGACAGUGAUGAGGGAGGCAGCGAGAGGGGAGGAGAAUUGACAAGCCACAACAAACAGCCGACAGACGAGACGCCUUCAUUUUUCUUUUUUGAACAUUAACCGUCUGUAAAAAAUAAAUCAAUCAAGACAUACCUUGAACAAAGAGCCCCUUUCAUCCACCGGAGAGACGCGCCGACUUGCACCGAGAAAGCGAGGGGACCCAGAGGCUGUCCGAGAAUGGGGUCCGAGCCAGCGCUGGAGGAGGAGGAUCUGAGCCCCGCGGAGGACCCCGAUGCUGACCCCCUGGAGGGGAGGGUCCCGGCGGGGAGGGGGGCUGUGCUGACCCGGAGAGGGAUCACCCUGAGAGUUCUGCUGAAGGACGGGCUGAUCGAGCCGGGGGACGCAGUGCUGUCCAUCCACUACCUGGGUAAGAGGUUUGUGGGGGACCUGCUGUGCGACGGUAAGAUCCGCUGGGUGGAGACGGGCCAGCUCUUCAACUCCCCGAGCGCCUGGGCCACGCACUGCAAGAAGCUCAUCAACCCGGCCAAGAAGUCUGGCUGCGGCUGGGCCUCUGUCAAGUACCGCGGGCAGAAGCUGGUGCAGUACAAGACCAGCUGGCUGCACAAGUACCAGCCUGCAGCUGAGACGGGCCUGGUGAGCGAGGGAGAGGAGGAGGAGCUGGGAGAGGAGGAGGAGGAGGAGGAAGAGGGGAGCAGGAAGACUGGGAACAAGAGCCAGCUGGAGACAGAGAGCAGCCCCCCGGAGAAGAGAGGAGAGAGGAAGGAGUGUGUGCCAGUGAGGUACCAUACACUGGGGAGCAGAGACUCGGGCAGGGACCCACACACCCUGGUGGAGCUCACUGCCUUCUCCGCGAUCAACAGGUUCCAGCCCUUCAACGUGGCCGUGUCCAGCAACGUGCUGCUGCUGCUGGAUUUCCACUGUCACCUGACACGCAGCGAGGUUGUGGGGUACCUGGGGGGUCGCUGGGACACGAACACACAGCUUCUCACUGUGCUCCGUGCGUUCCCGUGUCGCUCGCGGCUCGCUGACAGAGACUCCGCCCCCGCCGUGGAGGAGGAGAUCUGUCAGAACCUGUUCAUGCGUGGCCUCUCAUUGGUGGGCUGGUACCACAGCCACCCCUUCAGCCCCCCCCACCCCUCCCUGCAGGACAUCGACUCCCAGAUGGACUACCAGCUGAAACUACAGGGCUCCAGCAACGGCUUCCAGCCCUGCCUGGGGCUACUGUGCGGACCCUACUCGCUGGGGAACCAGGGCCUGCAGUCCAAGAUCACCCCCUUCUGUGUGGUGCCGCCCCCGGAGCAUCGCCCCAAUGACUAUGGGAUCCCGGUGGAGGUGGAGGUGAGCUCUGUGCAGGAUGCCUUCCUGACCAGCGAUGUGCUGCACGAGAUGAUGCUGCUGGUGGAGUUCUACAAGUCGGCCCCUGACCUUGUGCGUUUCACAGAGCCGUGGAAUCAGGAGAUCACGUUCCUGGACAAGCUCAAGGGCUCUCUGAAUGGCCACGCCCCGAAGGACCAGGCCUACAGCCAGAUCCUGGAGUACGUGUACAACCAGCUGCUGACUGGCCAGGGCUAGAGAAGGCAGCAGACUGACCCGAGGAAUGGACAGGACCCCCGAACCCCCACUCUGUGCGAGAGCUCUGCCCUGCCUCUGAACCUCAUCCACUCAGCCACGGCAAGCCACUCAACCAGGGGGAAAGAAAAUAGUCUGAAACAUGAAUUAAAAUAUUGAAUGUGAAA